AAUAGUUGGAAGUAAACUUCAAUGUUAAAUUGCAAGGAAUUGUUCAUUGACCUGCUCUGAAGGUACAAGUUCUAGAAAUCUCUCUUCAACGAUGAACACCACAGCAGUUCUAGCCAGUUUGAUGAGGAAGCAGGGAGCUCUGUACACUAUAAUGAUGCUGCAGCUCACUGGCUACAUGUAUCCACCUCCAGCUUUGCUGAAAUCUGGUGAUAGCUUCGACUACAUCAUAGUCGGAGGCGGUACAGCAGGAAGUGUGAUAGCAACCAGACUGGCCCAGAAGAAGUACAACGUGCUCCUCGUUGAAGCAGGACACGAUGCUCCUUACGAAAGCAUGUAUCCAUCACUGAUACCGUACCUCAAGAAUUCAAAAGCAGAUUGGAAUUAUACUUCAGUGAAUGACACAUACAGCUACCAGUGUCAUAAAGAUAAAAACGUAGACCUAACCCAAGGUAUAAUGCUUGGUGGAACAGGAGCAUUAAACUACAUGACAUGGUCUCGAGGAAACCCUAAAAACUUUGAAAAAUGGCACCGGAUCACAAAAGAUCCCACGUGGAAAUGGGAAAACGUGUUACCAUAUUUUAUCAAAUCUGAAGCUAUUCACGAUUCCGCAAUCAUGAAUUCUCCUCUAAAAGAUUUUUAUGGUGCCAAUGGAUACAUAGGCAUCACAAGGGAAAACAAGACCUAUACUGCUGAUUAUAUAAAAGGCUUUGAACAACUUGGUAAAGCAAUGAUAGCUGAUAUAGAUGGAAACAGAAAUGGGUACGCUCGCGGUCUCAUAACAGUAUACAAUGGAAGGAGACAAGAUUCUGGAUCUCAGUACUUGAGCAAAGUGACUGACAGUUCUUAUUUAGCCGUAGCAAAAGGUACUUUAGUAACAAAAAUCUUAUUUGAUGAAGAUCGCAACGCUGUAGGCGUUGAACUAAUCACUGAUGAUGGAAGAAGUAUUACUGUUAAUGCAAGACAGGAGAUCAUUGUAGCUGCUGGUGCUAUAAAAUCACCACAGCUGUUAAUGCUCUCAGGCAUAGGUCCUUGUAGAGACUUGAAGAAAUUAAAUAUUUCUUGUAUCGCCGACUUGCCCGUUGGGAAAAAUCUCCAAGACCAUAUAGCAGCAUUCAUCCCACAUACAACAAAUAAGAGAUUAACAAGAGGUGGUGUAGAUCCUAAUGAAUAUCCCGCCGGACUGUUUGUUGGGUACGAGUCACUGAACAUGAGCAUGUCUCACGAUAGACAUUAUAUAAAAUUCCCAGACUAUGAAGCAAUGGGCUUCAUUAUGAACAAUAUGAGAUUUUUGUUACAAUUCUGUGCAUUUACUUUAGACUUUCCAAAUUCUCUUUGCAAUAAACUUUAUGAAGAAGCCAAUGGAAGGCAGGUCUUAGUUACUUUAUUAAGCAAUUUGUAUGGAUAUUCUCGGGGACAAGUUCGCCUCAACAGUGCUGAUCCACAAGAUCCACCAGAGGUGAUUACUGACAGCUUUUCAAAUGAUAUUGAUUUAGACAACUUGGUUGACUAUAUAAUUGAUUACUUAAAAGUUGAAGAGACGGAAGCGUUUAAAAAUUUAUCAGCAUCUAGAGUGGAUUUAACAACACCACGUUGUGAUGAAUUUGAGAAGGGAAGUCGAGGGUAUUGGCGAUGCUAUACUCUUUGCAUGAUGACGAGCUUGCGUCACUAUGGUGGGACCUGCGCUAUGGGAUCUGUGGUAGACAGCAGACUACAUGUUCGCCACGUUAAAAAACUAAGAGUAGCUGAUGCAAGCGUUAUGCCCACUCUAGUAGCAGGUAAUACUUUUGCAACAGUUGUCAUGAUUGGAGAAAAGGUGUCUGACUUCAUAAUAGAAGAUGCGGGACCUUACAAUGAUGUUGAACAUGAACAAAUCAGACAAGAUCAAAUUAAAAAUUUACCGACUACUUUUGGAUGAAGUUAGUUAAACUUAGUUAAUAAAAAACUUCUAUAAUUGUGUA